UAAUGUUCUAAAUGACAGUUUGAGUAGAGACAAUAGAAGCUGUUUCCCUCUUUCUGUAAACAUGCAGCUGGUAAAAUGCAUUUUCAUCGUCCAACUCAGCUUCCUAUGUCAAGCUUUGCAAAACUCGUCCACACAAACAGAACCGACUGAUGUCCAGGUGACAGCAGAGGGAAAUAAUACAGGAGGGAUAAUACAAGAGGAAAUCAACAGUGACCCUUAUGUUCACAGACUUUCUGGUAAAUGCAGCUUUGCUCUCAAGAUGCCUGAAAACAGGAAGAGUGAUGUGGUUGCAAUAUCGGCGGACUACACAGACACAGUGGUGGAACAGAUCUGUCAGGAUCUGGACUGUGGCAGCGUCUAUCAUGUGAAUAAAACCAGCUCGCCUCCCAAUGUCACCUGCUUUAACCGCUGUGUGCACAGAGAGGGUCGUUUGCAGAACUGUUCGAAGAGUGUGGGUGGUAACUGUGCUGUGGUUACUGAAGCUGUUUGUGGCCACCAGGCGGUGCGGCUGGCCGGAGGCUCGGACCGCUGUGCUGGCCGGGUGGAGCUGUGGAGAGACGGGAGGUGGGGCACCGUGUGUGACGACCAGUGGGACCUGCGGGACGCCGACGUGGUGUGCGCCCAGCUGGGCUGCGGUUACGCCCUCAGUGUGACAGGACAGGGCGGCUCCUUCCCCCCGGGCAGAGGACCCGUGUACCGGGACGAGCUGAACUGUACCGGCAGAGAGCGGAACCUCUGGGCCUGUCCGGCCGCUCAGAACGACUCUGACUGCGGACACAAAGAGGAUGCUGGGGUCGUAUGCUCAGAGAUGAGAGCAGUCAGACUGACUGGAGGUCUGGACCGCUGCUCUGGUAUAGUGGAGAUCCAUCGUAAUGGCAGCUGGGGUACGGUGUGUGAUAACUGCUGGAGUGAAAGCAUGGCCUCCAUGGUGUGCUCCAUGCUGCAGUGUGGUGCAAAGCCUAAGCAAUACACCCGGUUUCUUCCUCCUCUCGCUCACAACAACGGGACACUGUUUUACUAUAUAUGUGAUGGAAAGAUGCGGAAUCUGUGGCAGUGUAAGGAGUACUUCAAUAAUAAAAACUUGUGUGCAUACUCAAAAGCAUCGGGCGUCAUCUGUAACGGUUCCCUCGGGUUCCCUGCAGCCACCACAGCCUCCACAGCUAAUGCAACUGUGAUAACCAAGUGGACGACUGAAAGUACCACCCCAGCUGUUCAAGCUAAAGGCUUCGCCUUACCGUCUCCAGAGCUGCUCAUCGCCAUCGCUCUAGCUCUUCUCUUCCUCGUGCUUCUGAUCACAAACACGGUGCUCUGCUGCCAUUACAGAAGAAAACACGCCUUCUUGAUCCAGCAGGCGCACACCAGCCAGCGAACUCCGUCUGAACAUCAUCACAACAGCUACCAAGACGCCGUCGACCUCAUCAAGGUCACCCCCAACCCUCUGCAGGCAGAAGUCCCCUCCAACCCCAGGUAUCUUUGGACCCAGCUUAGUAGUGUUGACAGCACGUCAGUAGAUACAGACUAUGAGCAGUAUGACCCAAGCAAUGACCCGUCUGUCCCUUUAUCAACCUUUCGGAAUUCUCAGAGGUACAGAACAGACGUGAACCCUUUGAGGCCCUCGGGUCUCGACAGCCUCUUUGAGGAAGUCCCUGAACCAACAGAGCCAGUGAUGGGAACCUUUGAAGGCAAUGAUGGCGGCCCUGACGAGCCUCAAUAUGCCAGAGUGUCAAAGAUCUCAAUGGACUCAUUUGAUACCUCCAGUACGUCCUCGGGGGAAUGCUACGAAAACACAAACAACGGCUACAUCAUGGUCACUCCCGAAGGACAGAGCCAAUCAUGUGUUGCCAACGCUGCCUUUGACCCUUUACGACUCGUCUUAAGGAAAGAUAAACUUCAUCCCGGACAAACAUCAAACCUGCAGAAUUCAGGUGAUAGUGAUAGCGGCCCCAUUUACUCCCCUGUGAGCCCCGACCAAGACUCUUCAUCUGAGGAUGACUACGAUGAUAUCGGCUCCUAAACAGAGGAGGUAACUGCAGCUCACAGAGACCAGCAGUCUGGGACUGAUGCACAAACCUGCACUGAGCGGAAACAUGAACUAUAACACCUGAUAAGACUCAGGAAACACGAUGAGCUGUGUCAUUUGGUGAUUUGCUGAAAGAAGGUUAAACUGUACUGAAUUUAGUUAUAAAGAGUAGGUCUAGAUUACGUAUAACUACUGAUCCUACAGGUUCAUCCUAAAGAUGUCGAGAUCAGGGCUCAGUGCAAACUGGGAACUCAUAUUUCUAUAUGGAGCUCACUUUAUGCACAGCAGUGUUCUCACACAGGAAAAAGUCAUCCUCAAACUGCCACAAGGUGGAAGCACAGCAUUGUCUAAAGUACAUUUUUUGCAGCGGUAUUAACAUUUCAGGACUCAGACCAAAUGUACACAAUAUGUACAGUAUAUGCCCUCAUACAUUUGACCAUGUUGUGUAGUCAAAUAAUGUAUUCAUGUAGUGUGAUCAUACUUUUGGGUGUAUCGGAAUCAGUUUGUAGAUUAUAUAUAUUGGAAAAAGGUCAUUCAUACCUUGACUGAAUGUAUUUUAGAUGCAUACAUAUCACCAAGCCAAUCACUACAUGCUGAAAUGUAAAGAAAUAUAUUAACACAACCUGCUUCUUCUAUUAUGAUGAAUAUUCAGAAACUUUUUAAUGUCUAUUUUGGCAUUGUUCUUACACCAAAAAUCGUGGCAUGUGAUCAUAUCUUUAGACUUCUAGACAUUAUUAUGGGAAACACAAGAUAAAAUACAGCAUCAUGGGAAUGAACAACCCAAGAAAAGAAGGCAAAAUAUUUUUUCAUAAUGACAAAAUGUUUUAUUUUUUUAUGUAGACUCAGCCAUUUAAAAAAAAGUAUUUUGUGUUUUUUCUCAAGAAUGUUGUGCAAGAUAUGAAAGUACUUUCUAGAUUAUUUUUUUUUGGUAUUUUUCAUGCUUUAUUGAAAGUGACAGAUAGAAAGGGGGUGACAGAGGGGAAGACAUGCGGCAAAGGGAGCUCAGGCCGGAUUCGAACCCGGCUCCGCCGCAGCAAGGACUCAGCCUUAAUGGUAAGCGCUCUACCAGUGUGAGCCACUGGGACGCCCCUAUGAGUACUUUCUAAUUAAUAAUAAACUAUCAAGACACUUAAUAUCUGUAUGUUUAAUAAUAUAUUUCUGUAAUCUGAAAUACCUUUAUAAAAAUACCUGUUUUUGUACAACCACCUGUACAGGUGCAUCUCAAUAAAUGAGAACAUCAUAGAAAAGUUUUUUUUAUGUCAGUAAUUCAGUUCAAAAAGUAAGUUCAGAAAUAACACAUUAUAUAGAUCCAUUACACACAGAAUGGAACAUUUCAUGUCUUAAUUUAUUUAAUUUCUUCUAAUUAUAAUCAUUAUGGCUUACAUUUAAUGAAGACCUAAAAUUCAGUGUCUCAUUUUUUUUUUUUAUUACAAAAGACCAAUUUUAAAAAGUAUGUUUAAUAUGGAACUGUUGGCCUCUGAAAAGUAUGUCCAUCUGUAUGACUCAAUACUUGGUUGGGGCUAUUUGACCUGAACUACUGGAAAUGGACUAUUCCAUCAUAUUCUAAUCUAUUGAGAUGCACCUGUAUAUAGAAUCUGCUGUAUAUUUUGUUUAAUUAAAA